CGCGGGAGUCCAAUUCAAGACGCUGGGGUUCGGGUCAAGGGCCGCAGAGUUCACAUGCAGGUCGGCCCGGAUGCUCCUAGGAACACGUCAUACUUGCAUUCUCUGGGUACAGGGACUCAACGACUCGGUACUCCGAAACUUAUCAAGGUCCGCUGCGGCACCGACACAUAUUUGCUUCGAGAUGAGACGAGAAGAGAUUUCAAGCAGAUCGGGGCUAGAUGUUGGAGGGAAUGAGGCUGAAGGGAUGGGCGUUGUCCGCGAAAGCUCUGGCGGGGAGCAGACUCCUUCGGAGAAGAAGAGCGAGCGACAGAGGAUGGUGCGAGAGGAGGUGGCGGAAGGAACCCUCCGCAUGAAGAGGAUGAGAGGAAAACCGGAGGCGGUGAUGGGCGGGGAUGGAGGUGGCGACAGAGAACGAGCCUCGGGAAAGAGGCCGACGAAGGAAGAGGGUGGGACGACAAGUAAGAAAGCGAGGAGGCCCGGCGGUUUGACCAUCCGCGAAAAACAAGCCCCGGGUGGAGGAGAUUCGGCUGAUCCAGCCGCCGCGGCCGCGAGAGAACCUUCGGGGAAAUCGAAACGGAAAGUGGCCGCUGAAGAAGGCGAUGGCGAGAAGAAAACUCGAAGGCGGAAGACUUCUGAGGCGGCGAGCAGUGGCGAAGGGCCUCUCAGUAACGAGUACGACGAAGCGGCAGCGUUCUGGCUCGAAUACGAGAGGGACGAUGUCGGUGAAAUCGUGGAGAAGGAGCUCCCUGUCCAACUGCUCAUCGACCCCAGGAAGGUCUGCGAGAUCCCGGCUUGGGAAAGAUAUUACAACCACCGCAGUCUAAGUCGCGAAACUGUGGACGACAUCAAGGGUACGAUGCUGAGUCAAUUCCGCGAGAAAAAGUGGAAGAUCUGGACGAAAAACCCUCUGGGUUUGGCACCCAUCUACAAGUCGGUGACGCGUAGGCCGGAGAAAGCUGACAAGGUUCACAAAGAUGUCUUCAAGCCAGAGGACAAGGACAAGUACUACUAUUACCCUGUUAACGGACAACACACCAUGGCUGCUGUGAAGGAGUUGGAGGGUGAGUCAAUAUUCAAUUUGUGGAAGAUGCACUCGUGGCCCGCGAGAAUAGUGUGGUUCUCCGACCGAGAUUUUGCGGGGUAUAGGCAGGUCAGUCUCAACGAGAACACGAGACACAAGAUGUCUAAGCAGCGAUCGCAGAAGGCCGCGUUCUUGGACAUGCGGGAGGCAUGGGAGAAUGAAGGAAGGCCGGUGRYCAUUCAAGGGAACCCUUCYGGCAAGGARGCCGAAAAACAAAAGUUCUUCGAUUUCCAAAAGCUGAUUUUGGGAAAGAGUCCGAACGGAGCUCACUGGACGUUGGCACAAAAAGAUUCGUCGCUCGCCGACAAGGAGUACGUCGCUGCAGUUGGCAAUGCAUUGAGGCAGUGGAUGCCGCUCGUGACAGCCGGUGACGACGUUUUCCACAAAGCCAUGGAAUUCUACGCGAAAUGGGCGGAGGGGAAGUUGUUGGGCGACGACGGCAAGACGCCAUUGUCGAGGCCGGACAAAUACAUGCCAGACAAAUCUCCGGGUCUGCAAGCGAUUCUGGAAAUGGGCUCGAAAGGGGCGGCUGGUGAAACGAAGAUGGGGUGGCUGGUCCGGGUCCCGCCGCCUCCGACCAAAAAGAAAACGCAAGUGGACGACAAGUUUUUCGUGGUCGUGAAGGAGCCAGACAUGUACUGUUGGCAGUGUCUCGCCGACAUGACCGAUGUCGAGAAACUGUCGAUCCUUGAUGACAUUAUCGCGCUAAGGGGAGUGUUCGUGCAAUCCGCGAGCGGCCAUCUGAAGCGUCAACACAAACCAGGAAUUAAAGACAUGGUCGCGACGAGGAAAGUGGACCGUGUGAUGCUCCGUAUGUUCCACUACAUCUUGUUCCUUGAAACGGAGGAGGACGAACGUGUUUGGCGCCACGGGAGCCCUUUUUUUCGAACCGAGGGGAAGCUUCUGAAGGAGUACGGGCCGCAGGGCCUCACGAAACAGAACAAAAGGACGGACGUUUGGGACUUCCUUUUCGGACCCGGACCGCCUGGUCCGACCAACCUCGAAUACAGUCGACGGAGAAACCUGGUGUUCGCUGUGCUCAAUGGGUACCACGCUGCACCCAGGGAGUCUGUCUCGCACUUCUUGAGAAGGUUGGAGCACGUUUACUUCACGCUGGCCGAACCGCUCACUCUCAAAAACUAUAAGUCACAGUUUGACAAGGAGGACCCUUUCGACGCUGACGACAUGGAGGAGCUGAGCGACUCUGAAACCUUCGAUUUCGAGUCCAUGCCACUUCCUCGGGUGGUUGGACAGGUUGGUGAUGGAGAGGAAGGUGGCCCUCGGAGAUAUAGCACGUCCCCUGCCGGCUUGAAGCGUGUGUUUCGGGGCGAACCAGUCGACGACCAAUCGUCUGAUGACGGGGAGGAAGACAGAGACUAUGAUCACGAACCUUGUGACAGGCUCCCUGUGGACCAUGACACCUGGCAGAAUGACAGAAUCUACUUCUUCGGCAAGCAUCACCGGUUCACGUCGGAGGAUGUCUGGGGACACAACGUCGUCUGGCACCCGAGGAUAUUCCAACCUGCUGUGAGGAAUGGAAUAUGGGUUAUGGCAAUAAAGGAGGCCGAUGGCAAGUGGACUGGACUGAAGAGACUGGGAGCGGGUGCAUUUAAGAGAAAGGCAAGAACUGCUCUGGUGGAGCAUUUGAGUCUCAUGAACCCCGAGAGGAACGAUCAGGACGUCGAUGCGUAUGCAGAACAAAAGUUACAUGAGUUGUACGCCAACAACAUGUUGGAGUUUCGAGCGCCUUUCUACGCACUCGAAACGGCACCGUCUCGUGGCAUUGAUUGGCGCAUGCCGCAACCUCCACCGGCCGGUCAGGAUUUGGGAGGGGGUGGUGGAGGAGACGAAGGAGACGGCAGAGGUGGCGGAGGAGAUGGCUCACAGUUUGCCGGAAAGGGGACAUGCGAGACAUCGUCGGUUGAGAAGGCGUCCGGCGGAAAGGGGUCGGGCGGAAAGGGGUCGAGCGGGAAGGGGUCGGGCGGGAAGGGGUCGGGCGGAAAGCGUAGAACGUCCGGGAGUCCGCAGUAUAUGGAAACAGACCCCCACUGCGUAGGGAGUCGAGAUUCCGACAUGCGAGACGAGGCCACCCUAACGUCUGAUCAAGUGCGAGUAGAUUCGCACUUGUCUGCGAGGAGUUCGUUUCCCGUUGCCCAGGAGAGUUCAUCCCGCUGUGCGCAGCAGAGGUCUCCUGUGCUCAACACCUUGCUCCUGAAAGAUGGCGCGUCUUCGUUUUGCCUGGAGGGCGGGAUGCCUGCAUUGCGAAGGAGCGAAGGUGCGACCUCCGGUUCCCUCGGCUCGGGCGACCGCCACAAACUCCGAAUACACUCGGAUUUGCUGCCGUCGCCCUACGCCAUAAGUGCUCCUCACGUAACAGUGUUGGAGACCGGGGGUAGCGAGUGUGAACGUCAUGCUUCGGAGGGUGCGUCCGUGGACACUGACAGCGAGAGUGCAGGAGCUCCGGGGGAAACGCAUGCUGUACAGCGGGGAGAGGAGAAUCGACACGGGCCGGCUCGUGAAGACGUGAAGUGGCCCCACGCACGAGCGCUGGUGAUCGGGACGUCCGAAGAGGUUCUGCACAGUCGCUCGGCUGUGGCCACGACGCGAGAGGGUGUCGUUAAGGGAGGUAAAUGGACGUCCGUGCAAGCUCCCGUUCUUGGCGACGAUGAAGACGGAGAAGAACCCGCGGUGGAAGCUCAGGUUCAUGGCGAUGAGAAAGGCGGUGAGGUGACUGUCGACAUCCGAACGGAUCCACAGCGGAAAGAUGGUGAUUCUUCGCCCACCCGUUGUGGUGAAGAACAGGGCGGUCGAGCGUCUGUCGUGAGCACCGCUCGGCGAAUGGUGCUUCAUGAAGCCAUAGAGUUCGGUGACGACUCGGCAGCCACCGAGCUGGUUAGCGACUCAGGCGUUGCCGAGAUGCAGAACGUCGAAUCCUCCGUGAAAGACGGUGAGGUGACCGUCAGCAUCAAGAUGAAUCCAGAGCGGAAAGAUGAUGAUUCUCCGUCCACCCGUUGCGGUGCCGAACAGGGUGAUCGAGCAUCUGUCCUCAGUAUUGGUCGGGAAAUGGUGCUUCAUGAACCCAUCGACUUGCCAAGCGACUCAGCUGCCACCAAGCUGGUUAGCGACACAGCCGUGGCCGAGGUCCAGAACCUCGAAUCGUCCGUGGACGUUGGCGCAGUGGCGCGACAGGAGGGCGAGUUCCCUCAAAGGGCUCCCGAGCACGGUGUGAGGUUGUUAAUGUCCCUGCCCAUGAAGCCUUUAAAAGUCGUGCGCGAGAAACGUCUUUCAGGGAGGUCAUUGGCCGCUUCACCGAAGAAGUCGUUAAGUGUAGGGUUGUUUAAAAGGGUCCAGAUGCCUCGCCUUUUCCAGAGAGCUGUCAGGGUUCUGAAGGCUUGUGGAAUAGAUAAGGAGGAAGGUCUGCAGAAACAUUUGGCUGUGUCUAUUGAGAGCGUUACUGCUUUAUCUGACGGGUCUGAUGACGAUGGCAAACGAGGUGUCUUGAAAAACCCGUGUCCUAAGUACAUCGCAAAGGACACAUUCAACAAGCGGGGAUACAACUUUUCUGGGAAAAGGGCAGACAGUUCUUAGUCAUUCCACCACGGGGUUUGUGCUCAUUCCUCACACUUGUUCGUGGGUGUUUGUGCCACUGGGGCUA